GGUAUAUAAGUAGGGCCUGCAAGGCCACCAGACUUACGAAUAAUCAAUGCCCUUUUCAACUUAUUGACCAGUCUACAUACCUAUUUAUAACAACCCCCUCAUAUUCACACCAUCGAACUCUUUGGCUUAAUUACCCGUAUUUCUCUUAUCCACUAGCCUCGUCGUCCUAAUUGCCAUGACCCUGGAUUUGAAGCUCGAUUUCUACCCCGCAUCGGACCCCAGCCGCACGGGGGUUCUCGUGCUCCCAGGCGGCGGGUACGAGUUUAUUUCGAUGGAAAAUGAAGGAACGGCUCCAGCACGAUGGCUUAAUGACCAUGGGUUAGAUGCGUGGGUGCUCUCUUACACGACCGCCAGCCCGUCAAAUCCAGCACCGAUAUUCCCAGCUCCACAACGCGAGGCGCUUGAGGCAGUGCGGCGGAUUCGGGCAUCGGGCCGGGUCGACAAGCUAGGAAUAUGGGGUUUUAGCGCCGGGGGGCAUCUUGCAGCUGUGACGGCGACGGAUCCCGGUGCAAAAUUAGAUUUUGCGAUCCUUGCCUAUCCGGUUAUUAGCAUGGCGGCGGGUACCACCCACGAGGGCUCACGACGCAACCUGAUCGGUGAUGGGUGCGAAGCCGGUAGUGAUGUUGAGAAUGCUAUGUGCGCUGAGAAGCGCGUCGACACAGGCACGCCGCCAACGUUUCUGCUCCACACCGCAAACGACGAUAAAGUGCCAGUGCAGAAUACGUUAGGGUUUGCUGCGGCUAUGGCCAAGCACCGGAGGCCAUUUGGAAUUCUUGUUCUUCCAGAUGGUCCACAUGGGAUAGGGUUAGCACUGGGUGAUGAACGGUUAGGUUGGACGAGUGAACUAGAGAGAUGGUUGAAGUUUUCUGUUUUAAAUGUUUAAACUCUUUCACAGAGCACCUUGUUAAGAGUUUAUACCUCCAAUGUUUAGCAAAAUUUGGAAGAACCCGCUAGACUUGGGCUUCUCUAGGCAUAGUUAGAACAUAGAAAAAGUUGGCGUAGAUGUUUGAUACACCUAUGCUGUUUCCGGUAGCCAGCAAUCGACUAUAUUCUACAG